AUGUCGAUAGCAAUGGAAACAACACCAUUAUCAGUAUCAUCACCAUCAGGAGCUGAUUUAAGCUCUGAUAAAUCUUUGGAACAAUCACAACAUGCAUUACAAAUGCAAUUAUCAUCCUGUAGCGCUUCAACAACUCCUCCAUUACAGAAUACUUCGGAACAAUCCGGUGUUCUACAAUCUGACUUAACUACCAAUCUAUCGACUAUUCUAAAUGCUUCAAAAAACAAUGAUGAAGUUAAGAUUAAAAAUGGAAAUUCACCAGUAACUGAUGAUGACGCAAAUUCGAUGUUAGAACGUGAGCUUGAAGUUCAACAAAAAGCCUUUCAGAGGUUUACUUCCUCAUUAAACGAUCUCAGAUUUCGGUCAACAUUUCCAAUCAGUGUUUUCCCGCCAUUUUUGGCUGCUCUCCAGCAAAAUCCCUUAGCAUUACAUAAUCAAUUUGCGGCCGCUAGUGGUAAUCCGAGAAGCUCCGGUGUAUCACCUGGUCUAGAUGAUGAGGAUGAGAAUGAAGUGUUGGCAAGUGCCGAGCCAGAAGAUUUAACUAUUAACUUUCGUAAAGAGAAAAAAGAAUGCAUUGCGGGAGCUGGCGGAAGUACCGGUGAUGAUAAUGCGGAUUCGGAUGCUAGUGGACAACAAAACUGGUCAUAUGAAGAGCAAUUUAAACAAUUUAUCUAUUCAUCUAUCUUUCCGCCUGUCCAUCUGGCAGUACCUGUUAGAUUAAACAGUUGUGCAUUAUAUUAUUCAGCAGCGGUUUAA